AUGUGCAAAUCCGUAUGUGAUGGUUAUCAGGAAUCUAUGAAUAUCGACGUAACAGUAAAUGUGUCACUCAUUAACUCAAAUUGCGAUUACACUGGUUCAACGACUAUUGUUGAACAUUUAGCGAAUUGCACACAUUUGGCCAAGUGUCCAGACCUGAGCAUCGCAUGUGUGUGCUACUAUAACGUCCGAUGCGAUCGCCGGACGAAGUCAGUUACCUAUACAUUUACACCUAACCGAAAAGGCUAUCUUAGGGUAAUGGUAACCGAUUCUGGGACUCCAAAAUAUAUAACUUGA